ACCCCGUCUCGCCCUGCAGCCCUGCCCGCCGGGAGGGAUGCGCUGUGCCGCCCGGCUCCUCUCCGCCCAGCUCUGCCCCGAGGCAGAAAGUUUAGGGGGGUCCGAGGGCUGCCGUCCUCCCGCGCCCAUGACUGUCCGAGGACCCGGCUGCCCAGCCUCGACCGCCACCUGCCUCCGCUCUCCAGGCCGGAAUGAACUAUUCCAAGGCUUCCCCCUCCUCGCCUCGCCCUCAUCCUUAAAAAAGAAAAAAAAAUCUUAAAUUCAAAGCAUCGUGCUCUGUACACUCCCUUCGUGAAUAAUUUAGACCUCGGGCCUCAUUUCUGAGUGUUAAGGGGGGGUGCGGUCUCCCCCAAAGACGGCGCGCUAGAAGGACAGAUUCCCCUUGCCGACCCACAUUACACCAUGAAGAGGUGCAAAUCGGACGAGCUGCAGCAACAGCAGGGCGAGGAGGAUGGGGCUGGGAUGGAAGACGCGUCUUGUCCCCUGCCGGGCGGAGACCCCCGGCCGGGGGAGACCUCCGGUGCUAACUCCGCCGGCGGGCCAACUUCAGAUGCGGGCGCUGCGGUGGCACCCAACCCGGGUCCCCGAAACAAGCCUCCUGAUUUAAAGAAAAUCCAGCAGCUCUCAGAGGGCUCCAUGUUUGGCCACGGCCUGAAGCACCUGUUCCACAGCCGCCGCAGGUCAAGGGAGAGGGAGCAGCAGGCGUCUCAAGAGGCGCAGCAGCAGCAGCAACAGGGUUUGUCGGACCAGGACUCCCCAGAUGAAAAGGAACGCUCCCCGGAGAUGCACCGCGUCUCCUAUGCUAUGUCCCUGCAUGACCUGCCCGCCCGGCCCACCGCCUUCAACCGGGUGCUGCAGCAGAUCCGCUCCCGGCCUUCCAUCAAGCGAGGUGCCAGCCUGCAUAGCAGCAGCGGGAGCAGUGGCCGACGUGCCAAGAGCAGCUCCCUGGAGCCGCAGCGGGGCAGCCCGCACCUGCUUCGCAAGGCCCCCCAGGACAGCAGCCUGGCCGCCAUCCUGCACCAGCACCAGGGCCGGCCCCGCUCCUCCUCCACCACUGACACUGCCCUGCUGAUGGCUGACGGCAGCAACGCGUACCUCCUGGCAGAGGAGGCUGAGGGCAUCAGUGACAAGGGUGACAAGGGAGACCUCAUGGCCCCGAGCCUCCCCUCUGGCCCUGGCCACGGUGACACUGAUGGCCUCAUCAGCCUGGAUGUGCCCGACGGGGCUCCGGACCCCCAGCGGACCAAGGCCGCCAUCGACCAUCUCCACCAGAAGAUCCUGAAGAUCACGGAGCAGAUCAAGAUCGAGCAGGAGGCGCGGGACGACAACGUGGCGGAGUACCUGAAGCUGGCCAACAAUGCCGACAAGCAGCAGGUGUCACGCAUCAAGCAGGUGUUCGAGAAGAAGAACCAGAAGUCGGCCCAGACCAUCGCGCAGCUGCACAAGAAGCUGGAACACUACCGGCGGCGGCUGAAGGAGAUCGAGCAGAACGGGCCCUCGCGGCAGCCCAAGGACGUGCUGCGGGACAUGCAGCAAGGGCUGAAGGACGUAGGUGCCAACGUGCGCGCGGGCAUCAGCGGCUUCGGGGGUGGCGUGGUGGAAGGUGUCAAGGGCAGCCUCUCGGGCCUCUCCCAGGCCACCCACACGGCUGUGGUGUCCAAACCUCGGGAGUUCGCCAGCCUCAUUCGCAAUAAGUUUGGCAGUGCUGACAACAUCGCCCACCUGAAGGACCCUCUGGAGGAUGGGCCCCCCGAGGAGGCCGCCCGGGCACUGAGUGGCAGCGCUACGCUCGUGUCCAGCCCCAAGUAUGGCAGUGAUGACGAAUGCUCAAGCGCCAGUGCCAGCUCGGCUGGAGCGGGCAGCAACUCUGGGGCUGGGCCUGGGGGUGCGCUGGGAAGCCCCAAGUCCAACACAAUGUACGGCGCCCCUGGAAACAUGGACAACCUAGCGGAGGAGCUGAGGGAGAUAAAGGAGGGCCAGUCACAUCUGGAGGACUCCAUGGAGGACUUGAAGACUCAGCUGCAGAGGGACUAUACCUACAUGACCCAGAGCCUGCAAGAGGAGCGCUACAGGUAUGAGCGGCUUGAGGAGCAGCUGAACGACCUGACCGAGCUUCACCAGAACGAGAUGACCAACCUGAAGCAGGAACUGGCCAGCAUGGAGGAGAAGGUGGCUUAUCAGUCCUACGAAAGGGCGCGGGAUAUCCAGGAGGCGGUGGAGUCCUGCCUGACCCGGGUCACCAAGCUGGAGCUGCAGCAGCAGCAGCAGCAGGUGGUGCAGCUGGAGGGCGUGGAGAAUGCCAACGCCCGGGCGCUGCUGGGCAAGUUCAUCAACGUGAUCCUGGCACUCAUGGCUGUGCUGCUGGUGUUCGUGUCCACCAUCGCCAGCUUCAUCACGCCCCUCAUGAAGACACGCCUGCGUGUCACCAGCACCGCCCUCCUGCUUCUGGUCCUCCUCCUCCUCUGGAAGCACUGGGACUCCCUCGCCUACCUCCUGGAGCACGUGUUGCUGCCCAGCUGAGCAGCUGCCGCCCCACCCUGUACCCUCCGGAGCCCUCUGGCCACGCUUCCCCAGGAGGCCUCUGGCACUCCUGAGUCCUUGGAUUCUGUCGUGUGUCCAGUUGGGCCUCCUGUCCCAGCUGCCUGUUUGGCAGCUCCUGUCCCUUUCUCUGCACUGCUUCUGUCUGCCACCUCCCUGUUGGCCCGAAGAGAGCUGAGAGAGUGGCCGAGGCUGGAGGGAGUGGGGACACACAUGGCCAGAUGGGGCAGAAGAGGACACCAGCAAUGGCUUGUUUUAAUUGUUUGUGGUCACAUAUGAUUUCUGGGAUGUCCCAGGUCAGGGAGGCCACUAAGAUCAGGGCUCUGCCACAUCUUCCCUAGGUGAGAGCCUACCUUGGUGGCAGCCACAGUUUCCUCUAGCAUAGAUGGUCUGGAUGAAGCCCAGCAGGGGAGGGAGGAGGUUGUAGAGGCUCCAGGGAGUGCAGGAUGGGAAGGGUCCCCAGCUAGGGGCACCUCCAGGGCCACAGAGCAGGCUUGUGCCCCUACCCUCUCCCCUUCUUCCACCAGAGCUGAUUGGAGGCUGGUUUCUGGAGGCUGGGUGGGAUGUGGCCGGAUUUGUGUUUUUCCCUGCUCAUAUUUCUGCCUGCCUGUCACUUGAUCUGCUAUUUUCAGGGAAAUAGGCCCCAAGGGCUCUGGACCUCCAGCCAAGCCCUUAUACUUCUGGGAACAAGAUGGGUUCUAUUUAUUUAUUUAUUAAUUUAUUUAUUUGCUCCUUCCUACCUUUCCCCUACUUCUGCCCCGCUGGGCUCUAGAGAGAGGCCCCUCCUCUCCUCCCCCUGAAGCCAGGGCUUACUCUCAGCUCGUUGCACUCCACGCCAUGUAGCCUCUGGAUGUUCCUGGCUGGGAGAAGUGUGGCACGGCCACCCAGACUUCUCUCCCAGCUAGCCCCACAGCUGGGUGGGAGGAGCAUGGCCUCUUUUAUAUAUCCAUUUAUUUUGUACAUGUGUAUUUGAGGGGAAGAGGUUGUUUGUUGCUUUAUUUUUUUAAGGCGCUAGAGUGUUGUGUAUGGUUCUCUACACAUCCCAGCCUCCUCACAGCUCCUUCCAAGCACACGGGGGAUAUCUCGGAACAGGAAAGAGGAGUCCUCUGGAGCAGGGGAAGCAGGGAAGCAGCUGUUGUGGACCUUCCCGAGAAAUAAAUAUCCUCUAAAUUUUCAAAUCAA